CUGCAAACUGGCAUAAGCAGAGCUGCCAAAUCGGGCUCCUUCCUGUCCACCUCCAUCUCCUCCCUGCACCAUGGCCCAGUCCAGCCUGACUCUCUGUGUCCUGGGGCUUUUCCUGGCAGUUGCCAGUGCGCAGCCAACCCUGCCUCAGCCUGCCUCAGAGUCAGUGCCCCCAGGAGGCACCAUCAAACUCUCCUGCACCAUGAGUAGUGGAAUGAGCAUCAGUGGCUACUCCAUUCGCUGGUUUCAGCAAACAGCUGGGAACCCUCCGAGAUAUCUGCUGUAUUACAAAGACGAAUCUAGCAAGCACCAGGGCUCUGGGGUCCCUGCUCGGUUCUCUGCUUCCAAAGACACCUCCAGCAACAUUUGCUAUUUAACCAUCUCGGGGAUCCAAGCAGAGGAUGAUGCUGAUUAUUACUGUGGUACAUGGCACAACAAUGCGUAUGUCUUCGGUGGAGGAACCCAGCUGACCGUCCUUGGUCAGCCAAAGGCAUCUCCCACCGUGCACCUCUUCCCUCCAUCCUCAGAAGAGAUAAAGACAAAGAGCAAAGCCACACUGGUGUGUCUGCUGGGCAGCUUUUACCCAGGGUCAGUCCAAGUCACCUGGAAAGCUGACGGCAAGCAGAUCUCCUCUGGAGUGGAGACGACCAAACCCUCCAAACAGAGUGACAACAAGUACAUGGCCAGCAGUUACCUGUCUCUGGCUGCAUCAGAUUGGAAGACCCAUGAGACCUACACCUGCCAGGUGACACAUGAUGGGAAGAACUUCGAGAAGUCCCUGAAGAGCUCAGAGUGUUCUUAACCCUCUGACCCCCGGAGGGCUCAACCGGUUCCCGUGUCAGUCUGUAGGGGGCUCCCCAAGGGAGCUCGGAUCUGUCUGUAGCAUUCCCACAAUGCUGAUUUCCAGCAAAUCUGCUUCCUAUUUUAGGUGGGGGAUUUUACCAAUCCAUACGACACCGUCAUUAUUCCCACGUCCCCACUGCUCUCACCCCCCUGCAUUCCCUGGAAUUGUCCUUCCUGCUUUAGUCUCUGAUGCAGCCUUGUGAUGAUAUUAAUAAAAUCAGAAAAAUUUGACCAUCGCUGUGACUCUGAAGAGUUUAACAACUUCUGUCCCUUUUACAUCUCAUGUAUUAAUUGCAAUAUUCACCUUCCCUUCCAAUAAAAUAAAUUUACCUUUUCUCA